AAAUCACGUCCGGGGCAUGAAACAAGGCCGCUCCGCAUCGUCAACAAGGACAAGGAGGGAGAGUGUUCACUCUAUUCGCAGAGGGGAGAGAGAAGACGGCGGCUCCAAGACGAUGUCUCGAACAUCGCCAUCGCCUCAACCUGGCGUCAGCCACUUCAAACUUUUAUUCAAGUUUCACCGCCGUCCGCGGGGUGCUUUACAUUUCGCGCGGGGAUGACAAAUUAUCGGCCGUUUGCGCACUCAGUCAGCCUGCUUCAUAAGUUGGCACGGUCACGAUGAUAUUUUAUGUUUUGCAGUUGGCACUUGCCCAACAGCGAUGCUGAUGUUCUGCUGCUGCUACGGCUGCUGCUGGUGAUGAUGAUGAUGAUCUUCAGUCUCUGGGUGUUCUCAACUCAUCUACUUAUGAGACAGGCCGGCCACCCGGCCAUCCGGCCGCGGGGAGUGAGGAGGUCCUGCAACUCCGGAAGCGCCUGGAAGCUGCUCCAGGACUCCAGGAGGGCCGCUGCCCGCCGCCCGGGGGUCGAGGGGAGCCGAGCUGCCAUCACCUCGAGGCCGGAGGGCGCCUCAAGCCCUGCACCGCGGCCCGGCCCUACGCCCUGCUGCCUCGACUUUGCACAGCUUUAGCGCGGCUCAUACGCGGCUUUGCCCGGAAGGCCGCGGCGGCGCGGCAGCGCCAAUGGAUUUGAAUGCGGUUCACCUGUAAGGGGAAGAAAGGAGCCAUGCUGUGAUGCGGCGUCCAGGCCUCGCCCCCGCCACGGGCCCCGGCGCCAUGCGCCGCCCCCUUCUGCUGCUGCUUGUCACCCUCGCCGCCGCGGUCUCAGGACGCCGACUGCGAAACACUGAGAGCAACGGCAUCCCCAAAGCCGUGGAGGAGUUCAACAACGAGUCCAUGUUCCCGAAGUUCGCCGAACCCAUCCCGAACGUGACCGUGACGGUGGGCCGGGACGCGCUGCUCGCCUGCGUGGUCGACAACCUCCAGAACUACAAGGUGGCGUGGGUGCGCGUGGACACGCAGACCAUCCUGUCCAUCCACCACAGCAUCAUCACGCAGAAUCCGCGCAUCUCGCUGACGCACAACGACGCCCGCUCCUGGUACCUGCACAUCAAGGACGUGCACGAGACGGACCGCGGCUGGUACAUGUGCCAGGUCAACACGGACCCCAUGCGCAGCCGCCAGGGCUACCUGCAGGUCGUGGUGCCGCCGACCAUCGUGGACAAGGACACGUCCACGGACAUGGUGGUGCGGGAGUCCUCCAACGUGACGCUGACCUGCAAGGCGCACGGCUACCCGGAGCCCUACGUCAUGUGGCGCCGCGAGGACGGCGAGGACAUCAGCUACAACGGGGAGCCCGUGACGGUGGUGGACGGCGAGACGCUGCACAUCACCAAGGUGUCCAGGCUGCACAUGGGCGCGUACCUCUGCAUCGCGUCCAACUCGGUGCCGCCCUCCAUCAGCAAGAGGGUCUUCCUGCGGGUGCAGUUCCCGCCCAUGCUGUCCAUCCCCAACCAGCUGGAGGGCGCGUACAUCGGGCAGGACGUGAAGCUGGCGUGCCACACCGAGGCCUACCCGCACUCCAUCAACUACUGGACCACGGAGAGGGGGGACAUGAUCGUAUCAGGAGGGCCGCCGCCCGUGGGAAGCAAAGCAGGCAACAAGUACGAGGCCGUGUCGACGGACAACGGCUACAACAAGUACAUGCUGCUCAAGAUCCGCAACGUGGGCCCGGACGACUUCGGCUCCUACAAGUGCGUCGCCAAGAACUCGCUCGGCGAGACGGACGGCGUCAUCAAGCUGGACGAGAUUCCCGCGCCGCCGACGACGCCGUCCUCGACGAUCCUGCCCAAGAAAAAACACCGAGGCCGGGUCAAGCCUUUGAAGAUGGAGCGCGGCGAGAACUCGGUGCUGGCCGCGGACUCGUACAUCGACGACACCACCCUGGACGAGUCGGCGGACGACGACUACACCCUGGCGCCGCACGUGGAGGUGCGCGACCCCGUGGCGCAGGGCAGCGGCGCGCCGGACAAGUGA